CAUACUGACACGCGUUGACAAUAUGUUUUCGGAUAAAAAUUUCACGUGAAAAAAAGUAUAAAAUGAGGCCAAACAAAAUAUAAUGUAACUUUUUAAAUUUCACAUACCCAUAUAAUAUACAGCCGUGAUAUGCCAGGGCCGGAUAUAAGGGCUGAUGAAAAUGUUCUCGGCGAGAUGUCUACUGAGCCUACGACAGCCGUACACAGCGGAGUCGAGGCGAAAGCAGAACGCAAACUAACUGUCCUUGAAACACACGGGUACAUUCUUGGUAGAACCAUUGGUUCGGGUUCAUAUGCGACUGUCAAGGUGGCUUCAAGUGACAGACAUAAUUGCCAAGUUGCAAUAAAAAUCAUCAGCAAAUUCCAAGCACCUGGCGAUUACUUGAAGAAAUUUUUGCCAAGAGAAAUAGAAGUCGUUAAAGGGCUAAAACAUGCAAAUCUGAUACGUUUUUUACAGGCAAUUGAAACAACACAUAGGGUUUAUAUUGUUAUGGAAUAUGCUGAAAACGGAAGUCUUCUAGAUGUAAUAAGGAAGGAUCAGCAUAUCGAUGAGUUGAGGGGACGUCGUUGGUUCCGACAACUAGUUGAAGCUGUAGAAUACUGUCACGACAGAGGUGUUGUACAUCGAGAUAUAAAAUGCGAAAACCUUCUCAUGGACACCGAACUGAACAUAAAACUAUCAGAUUUCGGAUUCGCAAGAGGUCAUAUGAAACCGAAAAAUGGAGUUUUUUCACUAAGUGAAACAUUUUGCGGAAGUUAUGCAUAUGCAUCACCGGAAAUCUUGAAAGGCGUACCGUAUAGACCACAAGACUCAGACAUUUGGAGUAUGGGCGUAGUUUUAUAUGCUAUCGUUUACGGAAGAUUACCUUUUGAUGACACUAACUAUACGCAGCUUUUGAAGCAAGUUCAAAACAAAGUGUCAUUCCCGCGGGAGCCUAAAGUUUCCGCUGAAUGUCGCAAGUUGAUAACAAAGGUAUUGGCACCUCUCAAAAUCCGUGCCAAGAUACCACAAAUACUUGCCGACCCCUGGCUCAAUCCCUCGCAGCCCGGCAAGGAUGAAGAUGUCGAUGCCACGCCGGAAACAGCUCAUGCUAGUAAAGACGAAAUUAAAAGUGCAACCAUAGGAACGGUAACGUUUGACCGAAAAUUAGAGGAAGUGAAAUAAAUUCUUCAAAGUUAAAAAAUAGUAAAAUUUCUGAAAAUAAAACUGAGAUGUAA